AUGUCGCGCCGUCCAGCAAAAGGAGACUAUAUCGAAACAGACACCGGCAACAAGGUCGCCCGCAAGGCCGUCCUCGUCGGCACCCAGAACAUCAUGCUCGGCGGCAAGACCGUCAUCCAGCCCGAAGUCAUGAUCCGCGGUGACCUCGUCCGCACCGCAGCUCCGCCGCCCUCGUCUGGCGGAAACGCCGCGCCGCCAAAUACCACCGCCGUCGCCAUCGGCCGUUACUGCUUCCUCUCGCGCGCCGUGCUGCUGCGGCCGCCGGGCCGCAUCUACAAGGGCGUCUUCACGUAUAUGCCGCUGAGGAUCGGAGAUCACGUCUUCAUCGGCCAGGGGACGGUGGUGCAGGCGGCGAGCAUCGGGAAUCACGUCUAUAUCGGGAAUGGAUGCGUCAUCAACGAGUUUGCCAUCAUCAAGGACUAUGUCAAAGUCCUGGAUGGCACGAUUGUCCCUGCGAACAUGGUCAUUCCGAGCUUUUCCAUAGUGGCUGGUCAGCCGGGGCGCGUUGUGGGCGAGUUGCCUGAUGGUGCGCACGAGGAGUUUGAGCUGAGGGAUCUCUACAAGACGGUUGGCAACAAUCCACAGCCUGCGGCAGCUUGA